AUGGCGGCCGCCAACGAUUGCCCGGAACCGGGUAAACUCUAUAAGGAGGUCAUCACUCUUGAUGGUGUGCGGACGGUUUUAUCGAAAAUCUUACCACAGAGGAAAAUUCACAAGCACGUGAUUGUGGUAAUUCCUGGAAAUCCUGGAUUGAUAGAAUUCUAUGAUGAUUUUGUUACGUCAUUGUUUGACGCGCUUCAAGGGCAGUUGCCGGUGUUUGGAAUUUCUCAUACCGGUUGGUAGACACCUCAGCCUUGAAUAUAUUUUAUCACUGAAAUUAUGUUUUCCAUUUUUUUUUUCACGAGCAAAUGCAAAUUAUUUCACGUGAUCCAAAACUGGGGCAAGGUCAAGUACCAAGACGCUUUCUGUUGUUAAUGGGACUUUCCAAGAAAGAAUCGCGUGCUUCUGAAAUUUGAUUAUUGAGAAUUUCAUGUCUGAGAAAUGAAGGGUGGUGUAUUCUUCCAAAUUUUAUGUUGGAGGAGGCUUUUUGGGCCAAACCUACAUUUCAUCAGGAACUAUGGACCUAUAGUGGCUGUGAUUAUGAGACGAUGUGUUUGUCAAUAUUAGAUUAUGAACUCGAGAUUUCUAUCGCGUGACAAGGGCAAAGUUCGAUGAACUGUCACGCACAGUUAUCACGCACAGAUAUUGAUACCGAUCAUUCCAGUUGUUUUCAAUGUCAAUGUUUCUUUCUUUCAAAACUCAAUGAGUAAACAGUGUCAAUGUUGAAUAAUAUAAGAGUACAAUGGUUCAAGCUGACUCUCUACUCAGUAGCCAUUCAAAAUUAGAGUGCCUGCCUCAGUGGGAGAGAACGUGUCAGGUCUGAACACAAGUCUCGUGACUUACAUCUGCAAAACUCAUUCUGGUUUUAUUUGCAAAAAGUGAUAUGGAGUACGGUUCCAUCCCCUGGUUAGAGUGCCUGUCAAAGGAAAGUGAACAUCCACCCCUCCAUCCUCCCCCUAGUGUUCUUAUAGCAACUGAUCAGUUUUCCAGUACCCAUUUACACUCUUGGGUGGGGAGGGGUGAGGUAAGAGUAAAGUGUCUUGCCCAGGAACAUGUGAAAAUGACCCAGCCAGGUCUCAAGCUUAGACUUAUUGACUACAAGAGUCCUGGAAUCAUAGGGCUCCUUCAUCAUUGACAGAGAAAAUAUGAGUAAGUGAAUAAACAAACAAACAAACAAACAAAAACUAAAUAAACAAGUCAUAUCUCACUUUUAUCACAAGGCUCUCUCUUUUUUCAGGUCAUUCUCCCAUAGAUUGCUAUCCAGUGUGUCCAGGGAAAAACUGCUCUGCUGAACAAAGCUAUGCUGCUGAGUCAUACAGAUUUCCAUUGAGCCUUGAGGAACAAAUCCUACAGAAAAAUUUAUUCUUGGAGAAGCAUAUUGCACCACAUUCUAAAAUAAUACUGAUUGGACACUCAAUGGGAGCUUAUGUUAUACUAAAUCUACUAAAAGGUUGUGAAAGAUUAUCAGAUAUCUCCAAAGCUAUUCUGUUGUUCCCAACAGUGGAACGAAUGGCAAUAUCUCCAAAUGGAAGAUUUGUGACACCCUCAGUGAUGUAUUUGAGGUGGAUAGGAAUAUUGGCAGCUGCUGCAUUCUCAUUUUUACCUCAAGUUGUGAAGAAAUGGUGUGUUCAAUGGUGGUUUAGUGACAGAAAGGGAAUAAUGCCUAGUGUUGUUGAUACUGUGAUCAAAUUCCUUACCUAUCAACCAAUGGAUUGUUCCUCUAGAAUGGCACAGGAGGAAAUGGCAGAUGUGGUUCACCGUGAUGAUGAGGUGGGUAGUAUAUAAAAUGAAGUGAACCCUUUAAUGCUAAAGAAUGACGAGCAUCUAUUUCCUCUUGUAAUAUCACCCCUGAAAAAAACAUGAUUAAGACCACAAGAAUAAACUAAGGGAAUGAUCACUAACUGAAGUGGCUCUUGAUUGUUAAACAAAUUCUCCUUGUAAACACAUUUGGAAAUGUAUGGAAAACAGUAUGGAGAAUAUGCAUACUGAUCUUAGGGUGAGAAGGGUUAACAGGACAUUAUAAAAAUGCUGUUCAUACAACUUUUCUUUGAAUGAUCACCCACCCAAUAGCUAUACACCAACUAUUAUUCAGUUAUGACGAAAAUUUUGUGUGUGUUUUUAUAGGUAAUUGAAACAAAUUUGGAGAAACUGAUCUUCUACUAUGGAACAACUGAUAAGUGGGUCCCGGUCUCCUACUAUGAGGACAUGAAAGCGAGGUUUCCCAGAGGGGAAAUAUAUUUAUGUAAAAGGAAGUUUGACCAUGCAUUUGUACUUGAAUCAUCAAAGGAAGUUGCUGAAAUGGUUUCUUCUUGGAUACAAAAGGUGGCUGCUUGAACAUUGAACCAAUAUGCUGUCUAACUCCAUAACCCCUACGAUUAGAUUAGAAAUUCUCCUUUCCGUUUGUCAUAAAUUUUCUUGUAAAUUGGAGAGAAGAAUCUGACAUUGAAGCUUUUCUGUUCUCAUCAUGUGUUUGCUGGAUAGUGUAUUGUAAUUGAGGGGAUAAUGUUUUUCUUAUUUUUUACCCAUUUAUUAAUACAAAUCACAGUAAUAACAUUUAUUUACCAAUAUAGCUUACAAGUGUUACAUUUUAUACAGAUCAAGGAAUAUUUGCAAAACUGGCUUUUUUUUAUGCUACCACCAUUAACACCUAACGUGCACAUGUAGUUAAGCUAUUUAGCUUACACACACUGGCCAACUAGUUGUUAUCAUUGACGUGCAUGUGUUCUGGUAAUUUAGUGUUAGGAUAGUUUGAGCAUAGAAUAUACAUGAGAUGAUUGGCUGAUCUGGUUAUUUCUUGGAUUCAAGAGUUGAUUUAAAAAAAAACACACUCUAAAUUUAUUGGGUUAUAACCAUAAAUGGGUGUAAUUGAUAAAGGUGAGAGUUUUAAAUCAGGUUUCAAGUUGGAAAAUCAGCUUACUUUGAAGUAUCGAGAAGGUGAGAGAUGAUUGUUGGAAAUGAUGCACCUAUUUGGCUACGCUUUAGGCUUCAUUUUGGGAACUUUUUUCAAACUGAAUUUUAGGAGUGAUUUUCUUAGUAAGAUUAUUAUGAAAUGUAGAAUAAUUACGGCAAGGAUCAAAAACGCAAUUUUUUCAGUAAAAUGAUUAUUGCUGUCGUACAAAAAACCCUGGCCAAUGGGAAACAGGGUAAAAUCCAUUAUACUGUGAAGCAUUUGCUUGACAAGUGUUUACAAAAUUGUCCCAAACUGUUUGAGCUCUUGUAGACUAAAUUGUGAGUAAUGACAGUCGUAAGCAGUUAAUCUUACAGUCAGGUAUUAAGACAUAGGGUCGUGUAUUUGUUAAGGUUAACGAAAAAAUAUAUUAUGAAAUAGAAGUGAAAGGUUGGAGAGCUGUUUGAAACAUUCAUUCCCACAUUCGUCUUGCCUCUAACUUGCAACUCGCAAUAAAACAACAAGAUGGUCAACAAGGAAACAAGGAUCAAUUUGAAUUCAAGGAAUACAAGAUGUCCGUUUACUUUGACAUUAAAUGAGAAAGUUCAUCGCAAUUUUCGAAGUUUUCACACUCCCUCAGAUUUAGGUUGCUAAAAUAUGAAACUUCAAAAUAGAUGCAUGGGGAACUUAUACUAAAAAUAUAUCAGAAUUUACUGAGAACGAGAUAUGUGUACCGUUCGUUAUCACUGGGACCUGAGCUCGACCCACGAUGACAUCUUCACUGAGUUGUUUCAACACAGCAAAAGAAAUAUAAGGAUUUGUAAAGGGAAAAACGGUUUCUCGUAGAAACGAAAACAUGUCGGUUAUUCAGCUUUGAAAAAAAACUGACC